AUGAAAAACAAAGUGAUGGGGGAAAUCCAAGUUGAAAGGAGCAAAGUGAAUUGAAUUUAAAAGGCGUUAAUUUCAUGCAAGGAGUUAAUUGUAACCGGACACCUGUACUAUAGCUAACAGCUCUGAGAGCUGGGAAGUUAAGAGGGCUGAUAACUGAGUGUCAGUCGCUUUCCUGUCUCCAGGGCGAGUGCACAUCCUUCUGGGACACUGAGCAAGAGGAGUGGAUUUGAACUACAGAGAUCUUGAAAAGUAAACAUGAACAUCCUACUGGUCCUGGUUCUCCUGCAGUUACUGGCUGUACCAUCAUCUUCUCUAACGGCGCCCAGCAAUGACUACUGGGGAGAAUACGGAACCUAUGGGCCAUGCAGCCGCCCCUGUGGCACAGGAGUAGCCAUGAGGACCAGGCAAUGUAUCACAGCAAGGACAGACGGAGGAAACAACUGCGUGGGAUCUUCAAAUUCUUACCGCACCUGUAAUACGCAGGCAUGUCCAGUGGGUUCCAGGGAUAUCCGUGAGGAGCAGUGUGCCCAGUUUAAUAGGAUGGACUUCCAGAGCAAGCGCUACACCUGGCUGCCUUACCAUGGAGCGUCUAACCCAUGUGAGCUGAACUGCGUCCCCCGUGGAGAGAACUUCUUCUACAGACACAGGCCUGCCGUGGUGGACGGGACACCCUGCUAUGUGGGCCGCAGUGACAUCUGUAUCGCAGGCAUCUGUAGGGCGGUGAUCAACGGAGAGAUCCUCGGCAUGGACCGUGAUGUGGCGCCCGCCCCUCCCGCUCCCGCCGCCAACUUGCGCCACCGCGAGUCCCUCACGUACGCCUACACAUACAGCGCCUGGUCCGAGUGCUCAGCCCCCUGCAAUGGAGGCACACAGCACCGUAGUGUACAGUGCAUGGUCCAGGACUCGACGGCGCCCCACGUGGUGGAUGACUCUUACUGCGUCUCCCAGAGACUACCCAGGCCGGCCAGCCAGCAGGCCUGCAACCAGCAGCAGUGUGCCGAGUACAGUGUGUCCAGCUACAGUGUGUGCUCAGUGAGCUGUGGUGAUGGCCAGCAGACCAGGGAGGUGUUCUGUGUGGGGGCGGGAGGAGAGCAUCUUGCGGAGCAGGCCUGCAGCGGUCUGGCACGCCCACCCACAGUCCAGGCCUGCCACAAACAAGCCUGCCAUACCCACAUCAGCUGGCAUGUCAAUGACUUCGGACUGUGCUCUAAGAAGUGUGGUGGAGGGGUGCGUGAGAGAAGGGUGGUGUGUAUGGACAUAGAACAGAACCCACAUGGGGAGGACAGAUGUUCCCCCCAUCCCAGACCCCCCACUGUGGAGCACUGUAACACCCAGGCCUGCCAUGAAGCCCAGAGUGUACCAAGUGUCCAUGACCCAAGAGGACAUGACAGAACUCUGAGAGGAUUUGUGCCUUAUAACCCUUCAGCCACUAACACAGUGUAUGACCCUUACUCCACCACCGUGGUUGGUCCCCACUGUGCCCAGUCAUACUAUGGCUGCUGCCCGGAUGGCCACACUUCCGCUGGUGGGCAUAGAGGAGAGGGCUGUCCCACAGAUGACUGUGAACGCACCCGGUACGGCUGCUGUCUGGAUGGGGUGACUCCUGCUCAGGGUCAUGGAAGGGCAGGAUGUGCUGAUUACCACCCACCUGCGGACCACUCUGCCCCAGCUUAUGCUCAGUCCGGCCAUAUGUGCUCCCUGUCACGUGACGAUGGACCCUGUGCCAACUGGACAUCCCGCUUCCACUACAACUCAGCCACUGGCAGCUGCACCCAGUUCUGGUAUGGUGGUUGCCAUGGCAAUGCCAACAACUUUGUGUCCAGGGACGUUUGCCAGAGGGAGUGUGGCGGCGCCGUCGUGACACCACGACAGGCAUCCCCACCUGCACAGUCUGGCAUGAGAGUAAGGGUGGGCGUGAGGGCGAGGGCGAGGGCAUACCGCGCCCGGUCUUAAGAGACACAGGAUGAAUGUGUUUCAGUCAUACACACACCAUACAGAGGAAAGGAAAGAUAUGAAGCAAUUCCAUAAAUUACUUCAUCUGUGAACAAAUGUCUUCCAAGAUCUGACCUGCACCAUUUCUCUGUGCUUUCUGUCAUUGUUGGUAUCAAUAAACUGAACUGAACAAAUCUGUUGUA